UGGCCAUAUUUAUCGUUUAACACUCAAACGCUGGUGGUAAAUUUGCAAAUACUUGGCUGGGAUGGCGUCGAUAGUCGCACUGUAACUUGCAAACUUAAAUCCAUUUAAAACCUAAAAACAGGCUCGUAUAGUCUUGAAAUGUUUUCAGUUCAUACUAUCAAAAUUCCUCUUCAUGACAAUUAUUGUCUUGUUUGUUACAGAUCAACCAGAGAUCGCUGCCCAUCCUCAAAAUCAAACUAGAAUAGAAGGAGAUAACGUGACUCUAUCUUGUAGCGUGGAUGGAAAUCCAGUCCCAACAAUAUCGUGGACCAGAGAUGGAUCUCCUGUGAAUACAAGCGGGACGAUCAGUAUUUCAGAUGACAAAAAACAGUUGACAAUUAGCAAUGUCAAAAGAACAGACAACGGAAACUACCGAUGUGUGGCGAAUAAUAGCCUAGGAAAUGCUACAUCCAAUGCUGCUACACUGAAUGUCCAGUAUCCACCGGAGAUCGCUGUUCAUCCAGAAGCCGAAACAAAAUCAGAAGGAGAGAACGUAACUUUAUCUUGCAAAGCUGAUGGAAAUCCAGUACCGACAAUAUCGUGGACCAGAAAUGGAUCUCCUGUAGGUCAAAGCGGGAGGAUCAGUUUUUCAGCAGACGAAAACCAGUUGAGAAUAACGAAUGUAAAAAGAACAGAUAAUGGUAACUAUCGAUGUGUGGCGAACAACAGCCUUGGAGUCGCCUUAUCCGAUGCUGCUACAGUGGAUGUACAAUAUCAACCAGAGAUCGCUGCCCAUCCUCAAAAUCAAACUAGAAUAGAAGGAGAUAACGUGACUCUAUCUUGUAGCGUGGAUGGAAAUCCAGUCCCAACAAUAUCGUGGACCAGAGAUGGAUCUCCUGUGAAUACAAGCGGGACGAUCAGUAUUUCAGAUGACAAAAAACAGUUGACAAUUAGCAAUGUCAAAAGAACAGACAACGGAAACUACCGAUGUGUGGCGAAUAAUAGCCUAGGAAAUGCUACAUCCAAUGCUGCUACACUGAAUGUCCAGUAUCCACCGGAGAUCGCUGUUCAUCCAGAAGCCGAAACAAAAUCAGAAGGAGAGAACGUAACUUUAUCUUGCAAAGCUGAUGGAAAUCCAGUACCGACAAUAUCGUGGACCAGAAAUGGAUCUCCUGUAGGUCAAAGCGGGAGGAUCAGUUUUUCAGCAGACAAAAAGCAGUUGACAAUAACGCAUGUGAACAGGACAGACAGCGGAGAGUUUCGUUGUGUGGCGAGUAACAGCCUUGGAAAUGAUACCUCCGAUGCAUCUACAGUGGAUAUUCAGUAUCAACCAGAGAUCGCUGCCCAUCCUCAAAAUCAAACUAGAAUAGAAGGAGAUAACGUGACUCUAUCUUGUAGCGUGGAUGGAAAUCCAGUCCCAACAAUAUCGUGGACCAGAGAUGGAUCUCCUGUGAAUACAAGCGGGACGAUCAGUAUUUCAGAUGACAAAAAACAGUUGACAAUUAGCAAUGUCAAAAGAACAGACAACGGAAACUACCGAUGUGUGGCGAAUAAUAGCCUAGGAAAUGCUACAUCCAAUGCUGCUACACUGAAUGUCCAGUAUCCACCGGAGAUCGCUGUUCAUCCAGAAGCCGAAACAAAAUCAGAAGGAGAGAACGUAACUUUAUCUUGCAAAGCUGAUGGAAAUCCAGUACCGACAAUAUCGUGGACCAGAAAUGGAUCUCCUGUAGGUCAAAGCGGGAGGAUCAGUUUUUCAGCAGACAAAAAGCAGUUGACAAUAACGCAUGUGAACAGGACAGACAGCGGAGAGUUUCGUUGUGUGGCGAGUAACAGCCUUGGAAAUGAUACCUCCGAUGCAUCUACAGUGGAUAUUCAGUGUAAGUAACUGAUUAAAACCGGAAAACGCUCUCGUUUUAGCUGAAAAGACCUUCCUUCCGCCGGAUUUGGUACGGAGCUUGCAAUUGGUUUUUACGAUUUAUAUAUCUCGUUCCCAGGGUUUUUCACUAGUAGGAAAAAGCCCUGGCAACGAACUUGUGAUUUGUAAAGAAACAUCUCAUUAAGGUGUCUCGACGCGGUUGUUUUCUUUAAACAAAACGUAGCAUUUUCAAUAAGCCUCCAAUCAGUUUUCCCUUUGUGGAGUUUGUUCACAAAAUUGCACGCAUUACUGAAAAAAAAGAUUGAAGUUUGGUUAAAUGUUUCUUUUAGGGCAAUCGAUAUUAGCAUUCAUGGAAACGAUAAUACGGAUCGAGUGGUUUUCCAUGAAAAUUAUAAUAUUGAUCAAGCCGUUUUCAAUAUUUGUGAAAAGAGUUGCAAAUAGAAAAUUGUCCGAAAAUUGUAUUGGGAGUGGUCUAAAGAAAACUAUCAUCGUUUAUCGUUUGCACGGAAAUAUAGAUUGCCUUAAGAAUACAGUAUGCCAAAUUUCAAUUGUUUUGUCUAAUAACUGGUGUAAUUUGACAUCAAUCCGAUAAAUAAAAGGGAACAUCGAUAAAAGCCUGGUUGAAAAUCUUGGAUAUGGUCCAAAAAACCUCUAUUGAGGAGCCUUUAGGCUCCAAGGAACCUUUAAUUUACUCAUGAUCAUCAAGGAUAAUGACUUGAAAUAAUGACUUGAAAUAUUGAUUUUUGAAACCAAAGAGCGGUUAGUUAUAAGGUAAGCUCUUAAGUUCAUAUCAUAUCGACAUUCUUGGAAAUGAGAUCUUCAAGGCUGCUACACUAGAUAUCAGUGCAAGUAACUGAUCAAACCACUGCUGUCUGCAAGUUUGAAAGGCCCCUUGCCCCUAUUGGGUUUAGCACGAAACGGAGAAACAGAAAUUAGCGACUUUUGACAUUUAUGUUUUUGAAAAUUCCACAAAAAAAAAUUGGCUAAAAUUGACAUUACUGCAGUUUCCAGUUUCAGUGCAACCCCGUCAACCUAGGAAGCAAAGAUCCUGUUCAAAUUUAACCAAUGAAAACAUGGGAUGUUAACACUGCAUUUCUGACAAUUCAUUCAUCUAAGCAAGCUGCACACUGCAGAAGCAAU